CUUCGCGCCUUCCCUUUCCGCCAACUCUCAGUGCAGGAAGUUAACGUGCCUAAGGUGCUCGGUUCUUCAUCUGAAGCUAAGGCCCCCAAUCCGGCGACUAGCACCGCUAAAAUUAGGCAUCCGACGCCGUAACUAUAACCUCUAAACAGAAAGAUGGCAUCCGUAUCUGAGCUCGCCUGUAUUUACUCCGCUCUGAUCCUCCACGACGAUGAAGUCACCGUCACAGAGGACAAGCUGAACGCGCUGAUCAAGGCUGCAGGCGUCACUGUGGAGCCUUUCUGGCCCAGUCUGUUCGCCAAGGCCCUAGCCAGUGUGGACAUCGGCAGCUUGAUCUGCAACGUGGGAGCUGGAGGUGGAGCCCCAGCAGCUGCUGCUAGCGCUGCUGCCCCUGCUGGAGAAGCCCCAGCCAAGGAGGAGGAGAAGAAGGAAGAGAAGAAGGAGGAGUCUGAAGAGUCAGAUGAUGACAUGGGCUUCGGUCUGUUUGACUAGAAACGUUUUUGUAACAAACGAAAAUAAACAAGUUGGACUAAA